AUGUCCACCGAGUCACCCGUCCGACCAUCGCGCCGUGCGGCGCGUAAGACCUUCGUGGUGGAAGAAUCCGAAGAUGAAUUGAGUUUGAUCAAGGAAGACAAUGACAACGACGAAGAAUUCACACCGGCUCCCAAGCGGAGUCCUCGAAAAUCAACGAGGAGACAGACCACUGGAACUGCCGGCGGUGCGACACCCAAGAGAUCAUCAAGAUCCCGCAAAUUCAAGACGGGAGAAGAAAUCGAACCAUCGCAGCUAUUUGAUCCAGAAGCGACGACGGCCCCCGAUGAACCGACUUCCCCCUCCAAGUCCCCAUCGCCACGAAAGCGCAAGAGUACUGCCCCUCGCAAAGGGCGCAGGUCGUCAGUUGCGCCACCCGUGCCUCCGUUACCUGUCCCAAACGCGUCGACGUCGCCCACACUUGACAAUGGCCAAUCCACGCCGUUGAGAGACAUCACAACCAAGGCUUUGAAUAAUAGUGUGCCCACGCAACUCGAUCAAGAGAUGCUCAAAUCAUCGCGGCCUGUGGACCAUAUGGUCUUGGAAAAGCCAGUGGACAUUGUGAUACGAGCCAGAACACAAGCAGCGCCGGUGGUGGAAGAGCACACGGGACCCAAAUCACGGAUGGUCAUUCGGCAACUGGUCAUGACCAACUUCAAGAGUUAUGCUGGGAGGCAAGUCGUGGGCCCAUUCCACGCAUCCUUCUCCGCCGUGGUCGGGCCCAAUGGUUCGGGAAAGUCGAACGUCAUUGACUCGUUACUGUUCGUCUUUGGAUUUCGAGCAAGCAAAAUGAGACAGGGCAAGAUUUCGGCGCUUAUCCACAAUUCCGCGCAGUAUCAAGACCUCGAUUACUGUGAAGUGGAGGUCUAUUUCCAGCAAAUCGUCGACUUGCCCGGCGGCAAGCACGAGGUUGUUCCCGACUCACAGCUGGUAGUGUCGAGGAAAGCGUUCAAGAACAACACCAGCAACUACUACUUGAACGGCCGGACCACCAAUUUCACCACGGUGACGACAUUGCUCAAAGAGAAGGGAAUUGAUCUGGACCACAAACGAUUCCUGAUCCUGCAGGGUGAGGUCGAGUCGAUAGCUCAAAUGAAACCGAAAGCAGCCAAUGAACACGACGAUGGGCUAUUGGAGUACCUCGAAGAUAUCAUCGGAACUUCGAAGUACAAGACACCCAUCGAAGAAGCAGCAGUGGAGCUCGAAAGUCUCAAUGAGGUCUGCAUUGAAAAGCAAGGGCGGGUCCAACACGUGGAGAAGGAGAAGAAUAACCUGGAAGACAAGAAAAACAAAGCCCUCGCAUUCAUCCGGGACGAGAAUGAACUGGCUGAGAAACAGUCUGCAUUGUAUCAGAUCUAUCUUGCCGAGUGCGAGGACAAUGCCAAGGUCACCGAAGAGGCCAUCCAGGAGAUCCAACACCAGCUCGAUGCUGAACUUGAGAAGCACGCUGGAAGUGAAGACACAAUCAAACAGCUCGAAAAGGCUUACAGCAAAGCGGUCAAGCAGUAUGAACUCAUCGAGAAACAAGCCCAAGAGUUCGCAAAGGAAUUGGCCAAGUACGAGAAAGAAAACGUCAAGUUCGAGGAGAAGCGCAAGUUCAUCACUGGCAAGCAAAAGAAAGCCGAGAAAGUAGCCACUUCGAGCCGACUGACUGCAUCUGAAGCUCAGAGCCUGGUUGAGAAACAUGCCGACGACAUCCAGCGCAAGGGUGCUGAGGCGGCCGAGCUCGAGAAAGAAAUGCAACGAGAAGAACAAGAGCUCGCUGUGAUUCGGGACAAUCUAAAAGGCAAGACUCAAGGGUUUUCCGAUCAGAUAGCAGCGAAGCAGAAGUCCCUGGAGCCCUGGAACGAAAAGAUCAAUCAGAAACAGUCGGCCAUUGCCGUUGCUCAGUCUGAGCUCGAGAUCCUUAAGGAGAAAGCUAACAGUGGGCAAAAUGCCAUUGACCAAGCCAACGCAAAGAUCGAGAGCAUUGAAGCCAGCAGAGCUGAGAAGUUAGAAGAGAUCGAGUUGCGCAAGCACGAGAAGGCUCGACUGGAGAAGGAUGUUAGAAAGAUCCAAGAUGCUCUCCAAAAGCUCGCGGCCAGUGAACCUGAUGUGAGGGCGCAGAUCUCAUCCGCUCGGCAGAAGGCGGACGAGGCUCGUGCGAGUCUGGCAACCAGUCAGAACCAGGGCAACGUCCUCAAGGGGCUGCUGCGACUGAAAGACUCCGGGCGUAUCGAUGGCUUUCAUGGUCGUCUGGGAAAUCUGGGCGCCAUCGACGAAAAAUACGAUGUUGCAAUCUCGACUGCUUGUCCGGGACUGGAAAACAUGGUUGUCGACAACGUUGAGGUCGGUCAGCAGUGCAUUGAAUAUCUGCGGAAGAACAACCUUGGACGAGCCAACUUCAUUCUACUGGACAAAUUGGCACAGCGCGAUCUCUCUCCCAUUCAGACUCCGGAGAAUGUCCCUCGACUGUUUGACCUCAUCAAGCCCAAGGAUCAACGGUUUGCUCCGGCAUUCUUCAGCAUCAUGCAGAACACGCUUGUAGCCAAGGAUCUUCAACAAGCCAACCGUAUCGCAUAUGGCGCUAAAAGAUGGCGAGUGGUCACUCUGGACGGGCAGCUGAUUGACGUUUCCGGUACCAUGAGUGGUGGUGGCACCCGAGUGGCUCGUGGUGCAAUGUCGUCCAAACUGUCGUCCGAUACGACCAAGGAACAGGUCCAGAAGCUCGAGAUCGAACGCGACCAACUAGAAAGGCAGUUUGAGGCUUUCCAGGCGAGACAGAGGGAGCUGGAGGCAAGCCUGCAAGAAAAGCAGGAAGAAAUUCCGAGACUGGAAACGGUGAUCCAGAAGAUCAACUUGGAGAUCGACACUUGCACGCGGAAUCGGACCGACGCUCAGAAGCGGGUGCAAGAUUUGACCGCCGAGCUGGCCACCACCUCAGCGGAUGACUCGCAGAUCAAGACACUCGAGAAGCAAAUUGCAGUGAUGAACAAAGAGCUGGAGAAAUUACAUUCUCAGACGGCGAACCUCGAAGCAGAGAUUCAGGCUCUCCAAGACAAGAUCAUGGAGGUGGGUGGUAUUCAGCUGCGAAGCCAGAAAGCCCGGGUGGAUGGACUGAAGGAGAGAAUUGAUUUGCUGAACGACGACAUUUCCAACGCCGAAGUGGCCUUGACCAAGAACGAGAAGCUCAAGGUCAAGAACGAAAAAGCAAAGGCUGACGCAGAAAAGGAACUGGAAUCUCUGGCCAAGGACUUUGAGCGACUAGAAGAGGACAUUGCUAAGCACAAGUCCGGCGCGACCGAGUUGAGGACUCGGGCAGACCAGACUCAAGAAGAACAAGACAGCAUGAAAGAAGAGCUGGCAGCGUUGAAGAAGGAUCUCGACACCCAGACGUCAGAACUAAACUCGACCCGAGCUGUGGAGAUCGAGAUGAAGAACAAACUCGAGGAAAACCAGAAGAUCCUCGCCGACAACAACAAGAAAAGCCGUUACUGGGCGGAGAAGUUGUCCAAGCUGACGCAGGCUCGCAGACAACUGCAAACAUUCACGCGCGACGAGCUCCUGGACAAAUCGAAAGAUCACCUGGUGGCAUCCAUUGCCGCCCUCGAAGAGAAGGUGUCCAAUGCUUCCAGCAUCGACCUUUCCGUGAUCGCCGAAUAUCGUCGCCGUUGCGAAGAAGUUGCUUCGAGGACAUCUGAUCUCAAAAGCGCAGUCAAGACGCGCGACGCCGCCAAAACGCGGCUGACGGAUCUCCGCACCCUUCGCUUGACCCAGUUCAUGACCGGCUUUACCACCAUCUCCUCGCACCUAAAGUCCAUGUACCAACUCAUCACGCUCGGAGGCAACGCGGAGCUCGAGCUGGUCGACAGUCUGGACCCCUUCUCCGAAGGUAUCUUGUUCUCGGUCAUGCCGCCCAAGAAGAGCUGGAGGAACAUCGGCAACCUGUCUGGCGGCGAGAAGACGUUGAGCUCGUUGGCCCUGGUCUUUGCCCUGCACGUUUACCGUCCCACGCCGCUGUACGUGAUGGACGAGAUUGACGCGGCUCUGGAUUUCCGCAAUGUCUCCAUCGUGGCAGGAUAUAUCAAGGAACGCACCAAGAACGCCCAGUUCAUCGUCAUCUCGUUGCGCAACAACAUGUUCGAACUGGCUGAGCGCCUCGUCGGCAUCUACAAGGUGAACCAUAUGACCAAGAGCGUCACCGUGGAGAAUCGGGAUUACCUUGCUAUGGGACGGCAGCGUGGUCCAGUACCUCAACAACAACAGCAGCAGCGACAACAGCCAGCACAACAACAACCGCAAGAACAACCACAGCAGACACAUCAUGACCAGCAGGUCUCCCAGCCACAGGGAGAACAAUAA